CCUCCGUACGCAAUGCGCAAGCGCGGGGCCGGGCCGCUUUCCUCCGAGCUGGACCGAGAUGGCGGCAGCGGAGAGUGUUUCGCUGGAGCUGGCGGCUUCGGAGCAGCCGGGGGAGCUGCCUGCCUCGGUGCGGGCGAGCAUCGAGCGGAAGCGGCAGCGGGCGCUGAUGCUGCGUCAGGCCCGGCUGGCAGCCCGGCCCUACCCGGCGACGGCGGCUGCGGCCACUGGAGGUGUGGCUAAUGUAAAAGCAGCCCCCAAAAUAAUUGACACAAAAGGAGGCUUUAUUUUAGAAGAGGAAGAAGAAGAAGAACAUAAAAUUGGAAACAUUGUUCAUCAACCAGGACCUGUUAUGGAAUUUGAUUAUGUAAUAUGUGAAGAAUGUGGGAAAGAAUUUAUGGAUUCUUAUCUUAUGAAACACUUUGAUUUGGCAACUUGUGAUAACUGCAGAGAUGCUGAUGAGAAACACAAGCUUAUUACCAAAACAGAAGCAAAACAAGAAUACCUCCUGAAGGACUGUGAUUUAGAAAAAAGAGAACCAGCUCUUAAAUUUAUUGUGAAGAAGAAUCCUCAUCAUUCACAAUGGGGUGAUAUGAAACUCUACUUAAAAUUACAGAUUGUGAAGAGGUCCCUUGAAGUUUGGGGUAGUCAGGAAGCACUAGAAGAAGCAAAGGAAGUGAGACAAGAAAACAGAGAAAAAAUGAAACAAAAGAAGUUUGAUAAAAAAGUAAAAGAAUUGCGCCGGGCAGUAAGAAGCAGUGUAUGGAAAAGAGAAUUGACUGCUCAUCAACAUGAGUAUGGACCAGAAGAAAACUUAGAAGAUGACAUGUACCGCAAGACUUGUACUGUGUGUGGCCAUGAACUGACAUAUGAAAAAAUGUGAUUUUUUUAGUUUCACUUGACAUUUUUUAACAGAAAUUUAUAUUUAAAGGAAAUUAGAUUGGCUUUAUUCAGAAUUCACUACAAUGUAGUCCUCAUAAAUGACACACUUGCAUAAAUGCUUCCAUAAUAAUAAUUGUAUGACUUAAGAGAAAGUUACAGUCCAGCUGGUCUGGUCCAGGGCAGCAUAUCAGAUCUGUAGGAGGUGAAUGGUAGAGUGGGUUUAAAGCAGCAGGUCAGAGCUGCAAAUGGGGGAGCAAGAGGAUAAAGCAAACCCUCCAAUGGUGCAGAAAGAAGAGCUUUCAAUAAAGGCCAAAGUUGACUGAAUUGGACUCAAUCAGGGAUGGUGGUACACUGUUGUAAGAGUCUGUCAGGACUUUAAGGACUACUUCUAUCUCUAGGACAGUGAGGCAGUCCUGAGGAGUCAAUGCUGCAAGAAUAAACAAAUUGCAGGAUUCUGGUCAUGUUUUCACUAAGGGCUUACUACUGCAGACCUUCGUGUAAGUGUUCAAACAGACAGCUCUUCUCAAAUGCUGAAUUAAAAUGGAAAGCAGCUUCUUUGAAGGUUGAAUAUCUGACUGUUGAUCAAAGAUAUUAGUUUACCUAAGUACUGCUGAGUGCCUUAUAGAUAUUCUGAUUUUGAUCCUGGGAGGGAAGGCAACUUGCUUCUUAUAGCACUUCUUAUUUAGCUUCCAUGCUUCUAAGGGAGGAGAUCACAGCCUAUGACCUCACUUUACCCCAAGCAUUUGGAUUAAGUUUAGCUAAUUGGAAUUUCCUUUAAUCUUGUUCAAAGAUCAUCAAAUAGUUUGACUAUAGGAUCUAUGCAUAAUUAUAGACAAAAAUUCAAGUUGAGAUAAACUGGAUAUUUUUCAAAUUAUUUGACAUGAUUUUUAUCCUGUCACUAUAAACAGGGUUCAUGCAUUCCUUCUUCUCCUUAGAUUUGCUUGGAGAAAGACCAAAGUCAAAACAACUCAAACCCAAGUAAUUAGGUGCUUGAGGCUAUAAUUACUAAUUGUUCUCUACGUAAUAAAAACAGGAAUGUUCAGUGUAUUUCUCAAGUAUUGACUUUUCAUAUGUGCUAUACUAAAUAUUAUAGCUCAGUAAAAAUGACUCAAUGGGCAGCCAGAUUUCUGUGAUUGGAUAAAACCUUCUCCUUUGACAAGAGAGUAACUAGCUGUUCAGGCGGCUGCUAAGAGCAUUACUGCAUUGUGGGGGAUAAAGCUCUUGGGGCCAGAUGAAGCCAAGUACAAAUUCCACUUCCUAGCUGUGGACACCUUGGGCAAAUUUCUCCAUAGGCCUAUUUUUAUCUGUGAAGGGAGGUAUAAUCAUCUUUCAGAGCACUGCUGUGAGGAUUAAUCUAACAACUGGCACAUAACCGCCACUAGUUAAUAAGCACUAAUCUAGGCCAAUACACAGAGAGAUUUGUCUAGCUGAGGUUUGCUUCUAUUCAUUCUUUAUCAAUUUAAAAUAGUCCUGGUAUCCAGCUAUCUACAUGGCAAGGCUUCAUGUCAUCUUUCACUUUCAGGUCUAACUAUAUUUUAGGAAAAACAGUGUAUGUCAUCAGUAUAUUGACAAAUACAUGUUAAAUGGCACCAAUACAAUUUAACGGAAUAUUGAUUCAUUGCAAGGUAGGAGGUACAGUGACAUGCCAUUUUUUUGUCUGUGUAAGCUUCCUUAGUGUGGAAAGCAAUUGCUGAAUGUUUGCUCUUGCACCUUUAUUUCUUCAAAAUUCAGUUGCUAGGUUCAGUUUUUCCAUAUGCAUAGCUGUUGGACUAGGUGAAGCAGAGUCCCAUCCAUGAAGGAACUAUUAGAAGCAACCAUUAUACAUGAAAAGAGGAUCAAGAGAAAGGAAAUGAACAUGAACACCUACAAAUGUCUCUAGAAUGUGGACCAAGUAUAGCUAGCUAACCUAUGCUAGGCAAUGUGGAAGUAUUACAAAGCAGUUUAAGAUCAAAUAAAGUCAUCAGAGCCUUAAA